GGGGGGGGGGGUAAGGGGGCUUCUCGCGAGGCUUCGCUGGGCCGAGGUCACAUGGGGCUCUCUGGGCCUAUCAGCGGCGCGAAGCGUGGAGCCGCCGAGGCUCCCGCCAAAUACGAGCGGGAGAAGCUGGCGCGCCCCGGUCCUUGCGGCCGCCGGGGGGAGGAGCCAGGGCCGCGCUCCGCGGCCGGGGUAUGGCAGCCAUGGAGUGCAGAGACAAGCCAGUUAUCCCCACAAGGAAACUAGUACAAGCACGGUUGCCUUUCAAGCGUUUGAAUCUUGUACCAAAGGAGAAAUAUGACACAGGCAUGGAAGUCAAGAAAGCAAAGAGCUCACAAGAUGUUCUUGGUCAAAAUAAAGAUACCAGUCUAGAUACAUCACAUGCAUCCUUGGACAAUAUGGAGAAUGACUGCCAGUUGGAUUCUGAAAUGCAGUUCGCUCCCAAACUUGUUAACGGAAAGGGUCCGUUAGAUAACUUUUUACAGAAAAACAUGAAAAAUAACUUAAGAGAAACGGUACUCAUAUUUGACUUGACAGAGGACUCUAACCACACACUAAGUGAUGGCCUAGACCACAGUAAAUUAAAUUCAGAAGCAUCUUCAUCUGUAGAGACAACUAAUGGUAUGAUAGAAGAUACAAGCCAGUCGAGUCCAUUAAAGCCCGUUCAGAAUGCCCAAAUGGAUGUUUCAAUGGAUACCAAUCCACCUUAUGAAGCUACUGCAAAUAAGGAUGAAGACUCAAUAGAUGUAACCAAAUCCUGUUCUAAAUUAUCAAAUACACAGUGUAAUAAUCUGGAGAAUGAGAGUGAACUCAAGGGUGUUAUAUUUGAGGGGAAGAUGCCUGUAGUAGUUCUGGAGGAUAUUAUGACUGCGAGGUCUCCCCAGGUUGUGUCUUUGGAAGAAAGUAUAACCUCGGAAAGUGAGACAAUGGAAUCUUCUCCUGAAGGAGACUCUAUACUUACUAAUUCCUCAUUAAGCUCCCCCUCUUCUACCAGCUCACCUGAGGCACAGCCUGUCCCACAGAACAGGAGUGAUACUAGUCCUUUAGCUGCUUCAAUACCUGUUCGGAAGGUGUAUCAGAAAUUCCUCAAAAGUUCUGUGGAGAAGGAGAAGCUGAGAUUGCAAAGAGAUCAAGAACGUGCAGAUAAGCUGCAGAAGUUGCAAGCAGAAAAGGAGGAAAAAGGGAGGCUGAAAGAAGAGGCAAAAGCCGCAAAAGAGCGGGCCAAGGAAGAGGCAAAGAAGAAGAAAGAGGAAGAGAAAGAAUUGAAAGAAAAGGAAAGGAGAGAGAAAAAGGAAAAAGAUGAAAAGGAAAAGGCUGAGAAGUUACGAGUGAAGGAGGAAAAACGGAAGGAGAGACAGGAAGCUUUAGAGGCAAAACUUGAAGAGAAAAGGAAGAAAGAGGAGGAGAAACGGUUAAAAGAGGAGGAAAAGCGCAUUAAUGCACAGAAGGCAGAAAUCACCAGGUUCUUUCAGAAACCAAAGACUCCACAAGCCCCCAAGACCCUUGCUGGCUCCUGUGGGAAAUUUGCUCCCUUUGAAAUUAAAGAGAACAUGGUCCUGGCCCCACUCUGUCGUGUUGCCUUUGAUCAGGACCUCUCAGAUCAGUUAGAUGAGUUCCUACAAGCACAGAAUAACGACAUAUCUUUCUUGGAAGAACUAAAGUGCCGCAAGCCACAUAAAUCUGGACCUACCAUUGUCUAUUACCGCAGUGCUGACAUAGUCAACAGUGAUGUGGUAAUAGUGGAUAGCUGCAAAAUGGACAGUGUUCCUGAAAGGAAGAAAUUUGGCAGGAUGAAACUGCUACAGUUUUCUGAGAAUCAUCGACCUGCAUACUGGGGCACAUGGAAUAAGAAAACUACUGUUAUUCAUCCCAGGAAUCCCUGGUCAAAGGACAAUAAACUGCUCGACUAUGAGAUAGAUAGUGAUGAAGAGUGGGAAGAAGAAGAACCAGGAGAGUCUCUCUCUCACAGUGAAGGGGAUGAUGAGGAGGAGGGAGGAGAAGAUGAAGAUGAUGAUGAUGGCUUUUUUGUACCCCAUGGGUACCUAUCCGAGGAUGAAGGAGUGACAGAAGAGCAUGAUCCAGAGAAUCAAAAAGUUCGUCAGAAGCUGAAAGCAAAGGAGUGGGAUGAACUGAUAGCCAAGGGGAAGAGGUUCCAUGUUCUUCAGGCUGUGAAGAUUGGCUCCAUCUGGGAAACAGAAGAAAGCAACAGCAGUGCAGAUGCAGACCUAAAGGUGCUUCAGCAGUUUGCAGUUUGUAUUCUGGAUUCAUCUGUUGCCGAGGAAGAGCAGAUGCAGAAAACUAGCAAAAAAAGGACAAAAGACCAGCAAAUCUUGGGACAACUGCUUCCGCUGCUCCAUGGGAAUGUCAAUGGAAGUAAAGUGAUCAUCCAUGAAUUCCAGGAGUGUUGCCGCCAAGGAUUGUUCAGUGAAACGCCCCUAGCCCCAGAUAUUAGUGAUGGUAGUCCUACGAGUCCCAACACUUCCCGCCCGCAGACUCCAGUCAACGAGGACUCUGCUAUCCCUUCCAAAGCCAGACUAAAGCGAAUUAUUUCAGAGAACUCUGUGUAUGAGAAGAGACCUGAAUAUAGGAUGUGUUGGUACGUCCACUCAGAGGUGCUGCAAAGCUUUGACCAAGAGCACCUUCCUGUUCCUUGUCAGUGGAACUACGUCACACCAGUCCUUUCUGCAGCCAAGGAGGACAAUAGCAGUGGACCAGGAGUGAUGCAAACCACUCCAGUUUCAGUAAAGAGGAAGUCAACAGGAAGCAUGUCUAUCACCAAGUUCAUGAAAAAACCUAGGGAUCCAGAACAGGCUGAAGCUGUGGAAAUGGAUGGGUUCCAGGCAGACACUGAAGAAGAGGAGGAAGAUGACUGCAUGAUUGUGGACAUACAACCAGGGAAAGAUAAAACACUGUUCUCCCCUCCUUUGGGUGAAGUAAUCUUCAACAGAACAAAUGAAACCCUGACAUCACACCACGUGCAGAAGGUGCUAUGCUUGCUGAGAACUGUGAAUGCCUAGCUUCCUGCAUGUUCAGAAGUGCCAACUGUUAACACAAGAAUCUCUCUAAGGUUGUGUAUGCUUUUGCUGCAGGACCCUUACCUACCUGGUUUUGUGAAGCAUUACACGUACACAUGUACACCCUCUCUGUGGCAUUUCUCCUAAUGGAAAUGGGUCUAGGUAAUAAGCAGGGCUCCUGUUUAGCAGAUGAGGAAUCCAAUCCUUGCUGCAGAAUUCUGCUCCAGGAUCUAAGUAAUCAUUUACAAGCAUCUUUUUUUAGAUCUUGUUCUGAAAAGGACCUUAAGAGUAUGAGACAAUGCAAUAUUUUCAGUCUGAAACAAUAGCUGAGGGGGUGGAACUGCUUCUUUCCUCUCGAUGGGCUUUUACCUGAACCCUGAAGUUAAUGAAAUUAAGUAUUUCUCUGCUGGUCACUUUAGUACAAAACAAUACUACAGUUGUCAGAGCCUUCAGUUCCCCUAACGACUUCUGCAAUGGAGCUCAUCUUUGUAAGACUGUCUCUGCAGAGCUGCACUGUAGAAGUUACCUGGCACAGAUAUGGGGUGAACAAUGUUCCUUGAUCCUACAUUCCAUAGACAGGGAGGGUAUAAAAUGUCCCACCCCUUUGAGCCAUCUCUGUUCUCUGUUCUCUGCACCAGCUGGAAAUGUCAUGGUACCAUCCUCCCCUUUUUUCUGUUGCUUAAUAGACAAUAUUUUUAAACAUUAGAUAUCUUUAAGAUAAAAUUGUGUGCAUUAUUUGAAAUGCACAGCAAGAUUCUUUUGAAGUUCCAAAAAAGCAGAGCAACUUAAAGGCUCUAACCUCUUGUGCUGAGAAAUAGGGCUCUUUCUGUUCAGGUUUUCCUCUAAGGACUUAUCCAAACACAAACUUGAACUGGUUUGAUGAAGGGAUUUAAAAAAAAAAGUAAUUAAAUCAGUGCACAAGGCUGUGGAUGACCAUUUUAGGUGUAAACAAUUUAUUUUGGCUUAGUUUGUCCUUUAACUGUCUAAGCUAAAAUCAGCCACUGAAAAAAGUGUCUACGCAGGGGCUUGUACCAGUAAUGCAUAUUUUGAGUAGACAACCCUGAAGACUCAGCCAGAGCCUCUAACAUGAACUACACUUUUUAAUGAGGAUAUAUUGCAGCUGCUGAGUUGCACUGUAUUAGUUGUGAC